AGUAUGUAAUAAUGUAGCAAAAAAUAGCAUCCCUUCCUUCAUCCACCAUCAUGUCUUCAACUUCCUCUGCUAGCAGCACUAGCUCUAGCUCGAGAAACUCCAGUCCAGCACCAUCCUCUCCUACAUUCAAACGGAAACGGGCUGACAGCGUUUCCAGCGAUUCGGACGAAGGCGGGCCACCUCCCGAUGGUCCCGUUCUUUCUCAUGCUGAAAAACGUCGACAGAAGAAGGAAUAAAAAGUCAGAAAAGGAGCAGCCCUCUAUGACUAAAAAACCCAAGCUCGACGCCUCUGGGAAGCGACAGAACUCGAUAUGGGUAGGGAACUUGUCGUACAAGACGACCUCGGAUGCUCUGAGGACGUUCUUUGAAGGUGUUGGAGAGAUCACGCGCAUACAUAUGCCCACAAAGCCGUCGGCGAAACCUGGGGUGAAGGGAGAGAAUCGGGGCUUUGCUUACGUCGAUUUUGCGACAUCCGAAGCGAAAACUGCUGCCAUUGGUCUCUCCGAAAAGCAUUUAAUAGGAAGAAAGCUAUUGAUCAAGGAUGGUGACGAUUUCGCAGGAAGACCAUCAGUUCCAGCUGUAGAAGAUAGCAAAUUGUUAGUGGGCGGUAAAACGCAUUCAAAAUCAGCACAGAAAAUUUUGCGUGCGCAGAAACAACCUCCAGCACCUACACUAUUCCUGGGUAAUUUGGGAUUCGAUACUACCAACGAUUCCAUUCGCCAAUUAUUCGAGGGCCAUCGAAAUCUGAAAGAAAAGGAUAAAGCGGAUAUCGAGGCGCAAGAGGCAAAAGAUCCGUGGAUACGAAAAAUACGUAUGGGUACAUUCGAGGACAGCGGUGCAUGUAAAGGAUUUGCAUUUGUUGACUUCUCGAGUAUCGAAAACGCUACCGCUGCGCUUAUCAACAUUAAGAACCAUCACAUGAACGGCCGAGACCUUGUUGUUGAGUACGCGUCGGCGGACGCUGUACGACGUGGCGCGUCAAAACCGAAAGGUCCUGAUGUUCUACCGAACAAGCGGAAGCGACCCUUCGACAAGACGAAGAAGAAGCAGGAGCCGAACCGAGAGCGCAAGAGCGUUAGGGACGCUGGGAUGGAGGAAGAUGAUAUUAUGAAGGAAAGAGACGAGGGGUCUCACCCGGUGCCGAAACGCAAUAAAGCUGAAAGCAAUGAGAGAAAAAGUGGAGUGGGAGCCAGAGCUGCUAAUUAUCGCAAUCGGCCUAGACCUGGAGCUGCGCUAGCCCAAGCCCAGCGACAAUCUGCUGCCAUCCUCCCGUCCUCAAAUUCCAGCAAAAAGAUAACAUUCUAAAGCUACGUGUUAUACCCGUUGAUCUCAAUCAGAGCACUCUUUGGCACCUAUAUUUCAAAAAAUAUGUGCACCAAGCGUCGACUUCACAUGAAACAAGAA